UCUGACGUCAGUUUAGCUUUCAUGGAUGUAUAUAACCAUUGUACUGGAGACGCUCCGUUUCGACUGCGACUGGGAAAGAUCCGUCAACUUUUCCAACUUGUUUGCAAGAGCUUUUGAAGCAGAAAGAUAACAGAGGUGUGUUUGCGCGCUGUCCAGCAUGAAGCCUGUCUCCUCUGUCUUGUUAAUAGCGGCUGUCUUAUUUUCCACUCACAUUCCCCCAAGUAUAUGUAGACCACGGGAUUUAACCCUCUUUGACCGCCAUGAGUACAAGAACCAGCUGGAUGAAGUUUUGCUCAGAGGUGGAAAGGGCGAGGAAAUGCCCUUCUUCCGCGGUGGAAACAGUCGAUGGUACGCGCAAAGAAACGCGUCGCGCUCCCCAACUUUUCCCAGCCUGAACAGUUUGGAGGAGCUUGUGGGUUUGACUAAGAGGAAUGACGAUCCGCCCAUAUCGAUCGAUCUCACCUUUCAUCUGUUGCGCAAUAUGAUCGAAAUGGCGCGUAACGAGAAUCAGAGAGAACAGGCAGAACUGAACCGCAAAUAUCUGGACGAAGUCGGGAAGUAAAAACGUAUCCUCGAACAGGAUAAUGAGCUCGACGCAAUCUCAGACCUCAGUUUGCUUUCUUGAUUUUUUGCUAAAGCAUUAUACAACUCUAAUGGGAAAGAAAUAUGACUUAACUGCCCUCAGUGCAUUGGGUAAACAGCCUAACGAGUGGAGAACUGAACUCCCAUCAUACAGGAGUCUACGGAUAGCAGUGUUUGUGCACGUGUGCUGCAUAUGCAACAACCCACCAUUGUAAAUGGAUUUAAUAAAUUUCAGUUAAU